UACCUUUUUUUCCCAAAAAAAAAGAAACAUUUACAAAACAAAAGUUGUCGCUGAAUUUGGAAUUGUCCGGAAGUCCACAGUUACAAAUGUGAAAUAAAAUGUAAGCCGAUAUUCUGCAGAGGAUACCACCCACAUCAAGAUUUCCCCGUUCCUGGCUGCGGCGCACUUUUACUGAGGGUCCCCCCCCGCACAAUUUCGAAUUGUGCCGGAUCAUGGAGCAGGAUCUGGACAAGGAAAAGGAGGAGGAGCAGAGCAUGGAAAUGGAGCCCAAGCAGGAGAUGGACGUGGCGCAAUCUUAUAUAACGCGGGCUAAGAUGAAUCCUGCCAAGAAGGAUAAUGAGAAGCGGAGACGCAAGGAUGCCAUGCGAAGGGUAUCGAUGAUAUUGCGAAAGUGCGACUCACUGCGGUCGACGGAAGAUAAACAGUUCCUGGAUAAGCAUCCGGACAUGGUGAAGGCGACCAAGAAGCGCAAGGAACGCGUAGAAAUCUAUAAAGAGCGAGUGGUGGAGCGUGAGGAUGCUCCUCAUGUCAUUGAGGCAAAGGUGGAACAGUUGGCCAACAUUAUAUCUCAAGCGAAGCACCUAGUUUGCUAUACGGGAGCUGGUAUAAGUACAGCCGCUCUGAUUCCGGAUUAUCGUGGUAGCCAAGGCAUAUGGACGCUACUACAGAAAGGCCAGGAUAUCGGGGAACAUGACUUAUCCAGCGCGAAUCCUACCUAUACACACAUGGCACUUUACGAACUACAUCGUCGGAGAUUGCUCCAUCAUGUAGUCUCCCAGAACUGCGAUGGCCUGCACUUGCGAUCGGGAUUACCAAGGCAUUCGUUGUCCGAAAUCCAUGGAAACAUGUAUGUGGAGAUUUGCAAGAACUGCCGCCCAAACAGCGUUUACUGGCGCCAGUUUGAUACUACAGAGAUGACCGCCCGCUACUGCCACAAGACCCACCGUCUAUGCCAUCGCUGCUCGGAACCUCUGUACGACACCAUUGUUCACUUCGGAGAGCGAGGGAAUGUAAAGUGGCCGCUGAAUUGGGCGGGAGCCACGGCGCAUGCGCAACGCGCGGAUGUGAUCCUUUGCCUAGGCUCCAGUCUCAAGGUCCUCAAGAAGUAUACAUGGCUGUGGCAGAUGGACCGACCUGCCCGCCAGCGUGCUAAGAUCUGUGUCGUCAACCUGCAGUGGACACCCAAAGAUGGAAUUGCCAGCAUCAAAAUCAAUGGCAAAUGCGAUCGGGUGAUGGCCCAGUUGAUGCACCUACUCCACAUUCCAGUUCCCGUUUACACCAAGGAAAAGGAUCCCAUUUUUGCACAUGCGUCGCUUCUUAUGCCCGAAGAACUGCACACGCUUACUCAACCCUUGCUAAAGAAUGCAGACGAGGAGGAGGCUUUUACCACCACCACUGAAGAAACGCAGGACUCGACCAUUUCCAGUGAAAGUUAUAGCUAUAACUGCAUCGACCUGCCAAUCGGAAAGGGUCCCCGCAUACGCACUCCCAUCAAGAAUGGAAGAAGAAUUAAGACUAACCUGGAGUUGCGCCAAAAAUUCAAGCUGCUUAAUGGACAGGAUGACGAGAUUAAGGUAGAACAAAUUGAUACAAAUGGGGAGGUUAAAACGGAGAUAGACUCCAGCCCGCAGCUAAAAGAGUUAUCUAUUAAAAUUGAGACUGAAGUGAAACUAGAAGAAAAAGAAAGCCAGGACACCAUUUUUAAGCAAGAGCUUCAGCUUUUGGAGCUGCUGCCCAAACUCGAACCACUUUCUCUUAAAGAAGACACCGAGGAUCCAGUGAACAAUGGGUUCAUGGAACUGCCAAAACUAGUCGCCAUACAAAAAACUCACGUGGAAAGCUUGGCCGCUCUCCCAAUUGAGCUGAGAUUAGAGCCACUUCAGCUGCCACCACUGGUGCCCAUUGGAGCGCCAUUGUCCACUCCCUUUGUAGAGCCCAAGAUUGUACAGCCACCUACCCAUCAAUCGCUCAACACACAGAACCAGAGCGAUGUGGAUGGUGACUCCACGACAGAGAAUGAGAACGAAGGAGAGGAGGAGGAGGAAAGCGAGCUGGCCCAAGUGGAUCUGUUAAAGCAGAACAACAAUGAAGAGUUGCUCCGCCAACUGCCCUCCUGGUACGAUGCCAAGUAUGCGUACUCUGGCCUCCACAGCAUAUUGAUACCACCGCCAGCGGACCUCAACAUUUGGAACUCGCAGGUGGUGCCCAACUUUGCGAUGAACCGAUCUGCCGCCAGUUGUGACUUUUGCUUUGAUCGGUAUGCAGAGCUCGAAUGCCAAUUCUAUCGACGCUGGAACCUCAGUCAACGCAAGCAUAAGAAACGAGCCAGGAGUGGUCGGUUCGUGGUCUGCGAGUGCUGUCCAACGUCCGAUGACGAUGAUGACUACGACGAGAAUAUAUCAUUGGCACACAUCGCAGCGGCGGAGACGGCAAAGCGAAGACAACAGCUGAGCACGAGUUUCCCCCGAAAGCUGGCGCGCACCCAAGCAGGAUGGUAUGGUAAGGGCUACAAGAAGGGACGGAAGCGAAGAUAGAUCGACAAGUUCAUGUCCCAAUCCUUCUAGGGCAGUGGAAGAGAUUUGCUGAAACAUGCUCGCUUCAAUAGUAUUUUAGCUAUAGGAUCAUAAGUCAUAGCAUAGAUGGUAGUGCCAGCUAGCAUAGGAUAGGGUUCCUUUUUAUUUAUACGUCUUUUUAAAAUGUCGCAUAUAUUUAGCUAAGUGAAUGUCCCUCAGUUUUUGUCUAUUUAAGCUAUUUGUUAAGUCAACAGUUUACUGAUAUUUUAUUGUGUUUCUUAUAUGUCACAAUUGUGGAAUUCUUGUCUCGGUAUUCGGUAUGUUUUGACUUGCUUGAAGAUAUUAAUAAAUUAAGUUUGUUUCAAGGAAAUGCCUAUAAUUAUGUCCAGAUUAUUUAAGUUUUUACUGAAGCUUAAAAACGUAGAACCUAACUUCCGCCCUUAAAAAUUUAAGUUAAAUAAAGAAAAUAAGCAUUAUGGUACAAUGAGAA